UUAGUUGAUGGUCUGCAAGCAAAGUUGUAGCAACUCGUUGUGUGUUCGUUGAUCAUCGUUGUUGUGUCCACUAGUUCCACUGGACAAAUUGCCAUCGUUUCCCCCUAUCCCGCCCCGUUUUCAUAUGACGUACAUACAAUUUUCUUUUUUACUGUGUAUGAAAAUUAUUUAAUUUUCAAUAAUUUCUGGUGUUAAAAGUUUCCGAGGCGUGUGUUCUUUUGUGUGUGUGCGUGUGUUUGCAUGGGGAUUAGUUGCCUCGUCAGCGUGCAACUAACAAAAUAAAAAAUAACAAUCGUUUUGAAUACAUAAACAAAUGCUUAGAGCAAAGUGACGUAUAGAGAAGACGAAGAAGCCAAACCAAGAAUCCACAAAACAAGACAACAAACGAAUUAAUAACGACAACAAACUCUAUAUUUCAAAGUGGUAGGGGAAGAAAAAUUAUGUGGCAUUAAAUAAAUUUGGUGGCAACAGAUUGUUGCGUAAAUUGUGUUGUGUUGCAAGAGAAUGAGAAAAAUUGUAUUGCUUGUGAAAAUUAUUAAAUUUGUUGAUGUUAUUUCGAUGUAAACAAAAAAAUUCAAGUCGAAACAAUAAACGUGUUUGUGUGUGACAAAUUAUAACAGAGGACCCCCGAGAGAGAAAGGAGAGCGGGAGAGGAUAUGAGGCGGUAAUUCCAUUCUUCAAAAUAGUGGCAAAAGUUAAAAUAAAAGAAAUAGAAAAUCUGUGCUUGUGCGUCAUCUUCCAGUUUUUUUUCCAACUUCUUCGUCCUUUACGUUUCUCCAUUCGUGUGCUGUGUUGCUGCUGCCACCACAGUGCCAAGAUUAGGUUGUUGGCCUGUUAACCUAAACUAAAAGAAAACCACCAAUCAAACUACUUGCAAAUUUGCCUUUCUUUUUCUUUCGUUCGUAUCCUUUCUUAUUGCCAACAACAUUGUGGGUCUUUCUGCUUAUAACCUCCCCAAACCGAAUUAUCGUCGUCACUUAAAGUAAAUCGCAUAAACUUAUAGAGAUCCAAGUGAUUACUCCCACUGCUCUCCCACCACCACCACCAUACACACAUACACACUGAUACAAAUAGGAUUUGUUGUUUUUUUUGUGGUGUGAGCGCGUUAUUGUUUUCUUGGGAGAAAGGAAGUUUUUCAAUUAUUCACAGUGUGUGAGUGCAUUGUAACGGUUUUAAAUUGUGGCGGCGCCACAUUAUUUCCCCAUCGGUCGCCAUCAUUAUCAACAACAUCGGUCAUGGUGCGUUUAACUCGUAAAGAACGGCAGGACAAAAUCAAUUUGUUGGCCAGCAUCAAUAGGGUCAAUGGAGAUGAAUUGGAUGCCACAGAUAAUGAUGCUUACAAAGAUGGUGGUGUCGAUGGGAAAGCACCGAAAUUGGAACGUUCUUCAACAAAUGAAAUAUUUCUCAAAGGUCUGUUGCUGAGCAAUCCAUCAACGCCGAACAAAGAACUUUUGUUGAAUCCAACAGAACCACAACCAGUUCCUGCAUUUUUGCCAGCUCAUUUAAAUAAUAAGCCCAUCUGUGACGACAUCAUCAGGAAGUUUUCACCAUCGAGACGUUUGGAGUCGCGCGAGUUAGCAAAACUUUUGGCACAACCACACUUUCGGGCUCUCAUUCGUGCCCACGAUGAAAUAGGCUAUCUCUACGAAGCCCGUUUAAAAGCUGCCGGUGGUUCCCUAACGAAACUCGAAGAAAUCUCACAACGUAAAUCUGGUGGCUAUCUCUUUUCGCCCGAUCUGUUUGCAACGAAAAUGCCAAUCGAAACAAUCAAAAUGGUCGGAUUGCGACGCAAUCCAAAUCAACCGCUCGGUCUUACCGUCGAAGUGGACGAACAUAAACAGUUGGUGGUGGCACGUAUCUUAGCUGGUGGUGUUAUCGAUAAACAAGGUCUUUUACAUCCUGGUGAUGUUAUUUUGGAAGUUAACGGUACACCCGUGCACACACCCGAAGAUCUGCAGGUGGAGGUGUCGCGAGCCAAGGAAAAUCUAACACUGAAAAUUGGUCCAAAUGUUGAGGAAGAAAUCAAAUCGGCACGUCUCCAACGGGGCCAGGUAAAACAAAAUGGUGUUGCUAAAAUUGAGCCGGGCAAAAAAUUGACGUGUUACAUGCGUGCCUUAUUUACAUAUAGUCCAUCGGAGGAUUCCCUACUGCCCUGCAAAGAUAUUGGUCUGGCCUUCAAAUCGGGAGAUAUUUUACAGAUCAUCAAUGUCAAGGAUCCCAAUUGGUGGCAAGCCAAAAAUGUUACUGCUCAAAGUGAUCAGAUCGGUUUGAUACCAUCUCAGGAAUUGGAAGAGAGACGUAAGGCGUUUGUGGCUCCCGAAGCCGAUUAUGUGCACAAAAUUGGUAUUUGUGGUACAAGGAUCUCAAAACGUAAACGUAAGACUAUGUAUCGUUCGGUGGCAAACUGUGAAUUUGACAAGGCUGAACUAAUGUUGUACGAAGAAGUUACGCGCAUGCCACCGUUCCGCAGAAAAACCUUGGUAUUAAUUGGUGUAUCUGGUGUGGGACGACGAACAUUGAAGAAUCGUUUAGUCAACAGUGAUCCAGAUCGUUUUGGUUAUGUUAUACCUCAUACCACACGUCCCAAGCGGGCCCUCGAGGAGAACGGUGUCAGUUAUUGGUUUGUCGAUCGCGAAUGGAUGGAACAGGAAAUCAAUAAAAAUAACUUCUUGGAAUAUGGUGAACACAAUGGAAAUCUCUAUGGCACACAUAUACAAUCGAUCAAGGAUGUCAUAAACAAUGGACGUAUGUGCGUCUUGGACUGUGCCCCGAAUGCAUUGAAAAUUCUGCACAAUAGUCAAGAUUUGAUGCCAUUUGUUAUAUUCAUCGGAGCACCGGGUAUGGAACAAUUAAAAUCGAUUUAUGCCGAGCGACGUGCUACCGGUUCGAAUAAGAAUUUAACGUUUGAUCGCCAAAGUUCCAUACGUUUUAGUUCUAGACGUGCCCGUACCUUGGAAUCAUUGGCAUCCUUAUAUGAGGACGAUGAUCUAAUCUCCACCGUUGAGGAGAGUGCAUUUGUACAACGAAAAUAUGAGAAAUACUUUGAUAUGGUCAUAGUCAACGAAGAUUUCGAUGACACGUUCCGACAAGUAGUUGAGACACUUGAUGAAAUGAGUCAUCAAGAACAAUGGGUGCCAGUUAAUUGGAUAUAUUAAGAAUGCAACCUUGCUAACCUUGACUUUUUAUACAUACUUCGAAAUAAAAUGCUUAAUUAUUUAGAAACAAUGACGAUCCGGAAAAAUGAUGACGACGACGAAUAUAAUUUAACAAAACAUCAGCUGUGUUGGCUGCUGCUGCUUCCUCUAAAAAGCUUUUGCUAAAAUGAAAAAUUUUACUUCUCGAAAUGAUCAUUUAUUUCCUCCAAUACCAACAAUUACUAUGAAUACACAACAGCAACAACAAAAACAAGAUACAAAGUGUUCUUAUUGUUAAUUUUAGCUUUUAGUGGUCGAGUUUUAAAUAAAAACAAACUUUUAACACGCCUCUAUUUCUUACUUAGUAAAAUCAAGUAGACUUUAUGUGCGUACGUGCGUGUUUUAAUUAAAAAAAAAACUCAAAUGCAGUUGUUAAUUUUGUUUGUUUUUUGUUAGUGAAAAUAAAAGAUAAACAUUAUAUUCUUCAUUUUAGUAUCACGAACAUGGCUUGGCAAUCGUGUAUGUAAAAUUUGUUUCUAAUAUUACAUUUAAUUAAAUAAUACAAAUUUGAAAUCUAAAUGUCCAAUUAUGUCCGAUUAUUACACCAUGAUUUAAAGCUUAGUUUUUAUUAUUUUAUUUUUCCCAUAAAACUAAGUGCAAAAAAAUACAAAUAAUUUUUUUAGUUUGAAUUUGUAUUGAAAAUGCAAACUAUUUGUAACUCGAAUUCGUCCAUUUACAAUAUAAUUGUUGCAAUUUUUUAUAUAUUUUAUAAUUUUAGAUUUAUAUUUUUUUCAAUUUUUAUAUAAUUUUUUUACUGGCUAAGUACAAGCAUGAUAAUGUAUUUAAUAGUUUUUUUUUUCAUAAAACCAUGUUUUAUUUCAUUAGUUUCUAUUAAUUAUUUUUAAAUAAUUGAGAAAAUCAAACAAAAACUCCACAAAUAAACCACAUAUUUUCUGCAUUUAGCAAUAGUUAAAGAAAUUACAUAUAUCAUCUACAAACAACAAAUUAUUAAUGUAUUACUACAAUAACACAAAAAUAAAAAAAAUACUAUAUAAAAUGAUAAACUAUACUAUUCUGAAUUAUUCAUUAUAUACUAUGUACUAUUAUUACUAUUAUUGAGAAAGAAAAUUUGUCGAAAUAUAAUGUUAAAGCUGUUUUGUGCUUUCGAACUUACAUUCAUAUGUAUUAAGAUGUGUUAUACAAUAUAGAAUGCAUAUUUGGCUCAAAUA